UGGGGGCUCGGCGUAUGCGAAAUCUCUGGCAGCGCUUCCCCAUUGCAUAGGAUGAGCAGACACUCCAUUAUAAAUGUAUUCUUUAUAAAAAGCGAGUUUACUUCUUUUUAGACAGCAUUACAGGAGGGCGAUUCGCUAAUCAAAACGAUCACAAUUAAAUUGCUCGGAUGCGUGCAGCUUUGGAUUUUGGAAUACAUGUAACAUGGUGCGCCGGAGCUGUCUUUGGGUUCCGUACACCGUGGUAAUCAUGUCUUACUUCAACCCGGAGAGAGCGCUGGCGGCUCCGCAAGACAACGAUGGGGUGGUCCAAUCCCGCGCCUCACCCUUGGCCCCACCUCCCUAUGUGGUCGUCCUGAUUUCGGGCUCCGGGCUUUUCUCCUUCGUCUUGCUCCUGCUGGCCUGCCUUUGCUGUAAGAGGGGUGCCGUUGGCUUCAAUGAGUUCGACAACCCUGAUGGUGACGAGUUUUCAGGUGACUACAGCCCCCCAGCUGAGGACAGCUCCUCUUCACAGUCCAUUCCUGAGGUGUACAUACUGCCUCUGUCUGAUGUCAGCAAUGCAGCUGCCCUGCACUCCAAUGCUGUUGGAGGUCCGCAUGGCUUCAGCAGACACAGUCUCAGCUACCUGCAGGAAAUCGGCAAUGGUUGGUUUGGAAAGGUCAUCCUGGCUGAGAUCUUUUCAGACUCAAGUCCAGCACAGGCUGUGGUCAAGGAGCUGAGGGUCAGUGCUAGCCCUCUGGAACAGCGGAAAUUCCUCACUGAGGCUCAGCCUUACCGGAGCCUCCGACAUCCCAAUAUCCUUCAGUGCUUGGGUCUGUGCAGUGACACCAUUCCUCUUCUACUUGUGAUGGAGUUCUGUCAGCUGGGAGACCUGAAGCGAUACCUUCGAGCGCAGAGGAAAUCCGAUGGCAUGACUCCUGACCUUCUGACUCGAGACCUUGCUACUUUGCAGCGCAUGGCGUUUGAAAUCACAUCAGGGCUGUUGCAUCUCCACCAGAACAACUAUAUCCACAGUGAUCUUGCUCUCCGGAACUGUCUUCUGACUUCUGACCUCACCGUCCGUAUUGGAGACUACGGGCUAUCACACAAUCACUAUAAGGAUGAUUACUAUCUCACACCAGAUAAAUUGUGGAUUCCUCUUCGAUGGAUUGCACCAGAAAUUUUGGAUGAGUUCCAUGGCAACGUGGUGGUGACCGAUCAGAGCAAGGAGAGCAAUGUGUGGUCGCUCGGCGUGACAAUCUGGGAACUGUUUGAAUUUGGAGCUCAGCCCCACAGGCAUUUAUCUGACGAAGAGGUGUUGACCUUUGUGAUAAAAGAAAGACAAAUUAAGCUGGCAAAGCCACGGUUGAAACUUCUGCACUCUGACUACUGGUAUGAAGUAAUGCAGUCCUGCUGGCUCCCUCCUGCUCAGCGUCCAACUGUAGACGAGAUCCAUCUCCUCCUUUCAUCUUUGCUUGCUGCAGAACGAGGCAUGGGUGCAGAAACCGAUGACACCUUUGAACAGCGCUGGGACACUCUUAAGCCUCCUCCUCUUCAUCACUUCUUUUCUACGCCUGAGGAAAUCCAGGGUCCUCAUGCUCAUUACAUCUCCAAAACCUCUUUCCCACUCCUGGAGCAAGUGAGUUCCAGCUCUGGUCCCAUUACUACUGUGACUGUUGACUUGGACGACAUCUUGACUGUCACCGAAACCAGCAGAGGUCUGAAUUUUGAAUAUUUGUGGGAGCAAGCUCGUCGAGGGCGUGGCCAAGCAACUAGAGCCCGCCCAGCUACCCAUCCCAUUCCAAUUACAGGAUCCACUCCUCACACUCAGGCCAAUCUGCUGUCCAGGACACAUAAUAGACAUAGUCUGGAUACCCCAACAGUGGUGCCUGUCAUCAGUGCACGAAGCCCCUCAUUGGCCAGUGAAUAUUACAUUCGCUUGGAAGAACAUGCUCCUAAUCCUAACUCUCCCCCACCAAACCAGAAUUCUCUUGUUCCCACACUUGCAGGCGAGAAGGGUCAUAUGUCUUCUGACUUACAGCUUCAGCAUUUCCAGUCUCAGAUUUCACCUCACAAAAACAGUCGAUUCUGCAUCAGCUCUCCGCCUAAAGGACGGUGCACCCUCACAUACUCCCCUCCUUUGAUGGGGUUGUCACAGACUCAUAAAUAUCGGCACCAGUCUGAUUUUACAGGGAAAAUGUUACCCUCAGUCAACAAUGAACAGAAAAGGAGUGUGGGAAACGCUUCGAGUGACCUUGAACUGACAGAGAUAAAGCCACGAAGUAACGAUCUUGAAUUUGAUCACAUGAGAUUGUCAAAGACAAUACCAAGCAAGAACAGAGAAAAUGCUGAAUUGAGGCAAGUGAAAGUUAUGGCGAGACACAAUAAUAUAAUAAUGACCAGAGGACCUGAACUGAUUACUACUGGACAAGUGUUUUCUGAGCAAAUCGUAAGGUCCACUGAAGCAGCUGAAAUACUCUCUCUGGAACCCAAGAUUAUGCCAAUGGACAUUUCAAUGCCUAGAGAAUGUGCACUUUCUAGCACAAGGAUGAGUGACUGUGGCCUUGUGGAAAUUACAGUGCCCAACCAUUUGCAAUCUUACGCAUCUCCAGUUAAGAGUGGACGCGGGUUGAAAGAAAGGUGUGAACUGGGAAAUGCUCAACAAAAAACAGGAUGUUACUCCCACCAAGCUCAAUUGGCAGUAGAACUCGAUCACUCACUUCCAGCUCUCAUUCCCAAACCAACCUGUGAUAAUAUAAAAAUGACUUCUGCAUCCUAUUUACGCAGUAGACCUCUUCCAGCCCCUCCUCGAUGUGCAUCGUUUACAUCAGAGUCAGCUGAACUAACCACAUUUGAUAGGGUAUACGGGAGGAGACUGAGUCUUGAAGAAAGUGAAUCCAUGGAUUGCCUGAUGCGAAAUGUAAAAAACCAAAGCAUGCUGAGCAGCAGCCUUGACAAAUCUUGCGGACUCCGAGACGUUCGAAAUCACCAAGCUGUAUCCACCUUUCGCUCAGGAGGCUGUCAAAGCAGUAUUCAUGAAUUUACCGACCCCUUGAUGGGCACUGCCAUCGGAUCGUUUGACCCUCUUGGUUUUCAGCGUCAGCGCCGUCCAGUUGUUGCUCCACCUUCUCCGUCUCUGUCUCCUUCAAUUCCUCCUUCUUCCUCCAUGUCUCAUUCGUCUAUGCCACUGACUCUCUCAGCCCGUCCUCUCCCUGCCCCAUUCUCCCCUUCUCUGCCUCCACCACAGUCCUCCCCCCCACCACUUCCUGUAGCUUAUCAGCUGGAAGAACAGCUGCCCAGUCCAGGCUUUGCAGAAGGCCUAACGACAGAGAGAGAACACAUGGAGGCUGCAUCAAAUCAAAAAACAUCCUCACAUGGGCUGUACCAACAUUCACAAUCCUAUCAAGAAUCUCAGUCAGACAAUUGCUCUUCUCAAAACAUUUUACAUAAAAUAACCUCAAUAAACGUGACUGAAAACAUUUGGAGUGAGAAUGUAAAAGACUCUAACAUCAAAGAAAACAAACUAGGGGAAUCAGAAACAUCUGAAAUGACUCCUUGGGUGCCUAUGGUGGAAAACCAAAUGCAGAAAGAGUCAGCCCAAUCCAAAGACAUUAGUGUAACCCAGAAAGAUUUUGUGAAACAGGCAGAAACCACUAGCUCUCAAGAACCUCUCACAGAUAGUGUGAUGAAUUCUGUAGAUGAAAGCCAUAGUGCAGCCAUUAAAUUGGGGGAGUCUGAGCCAACAGCAGAAGGGUCUUUGUUUACCCCAGGAGCUACAAAUACAUGCCGCGUUAACCAGUCUGCCCACACGGACUCAUCUAUUUCUGUGUCACCUCUGGCUUCUGUCGCUGAUGUGGAGCCUGGAAGUUCUUCCUCCUUAAAACUGUUGCCACUUUGUCAUGGUGUGGAAGUGCAGGUAAAAGACAAAGACAGCUCUUCAGUGGAAGAAGAAACUACCAAUUACAUUGAAAUAACAUCCAAUAGUCCCCUUUCUACUGAAACUAGUAAUCUAUAUACAGUUGAAGUAAUGGCUAGUACUCCUCCUCACACAACAUUAGCUGAUAAUCCUCAGUUAUCUGAAACAACAACUGGAUUACCCAUUUCUUCUGAAAAGAUUGAUAUUUCAGACGACCUAGCAUCCAACUGUUCACCUCUGCCAGAAAUAAUCACCCCUACUCAAUCUUCAACAGAAGUAACUUCGAAGAGUCCUCUCCCAGCAGUAAGUGAAUCUCCAUCUCCAUCAUUAAAGUUCAAAAACCUUCCCAUCAUUGAAAUAAUUCCCUGCAGUCCACUUUCUACAAAAACAUUGUCAAGAAGCACAAGUUUAAUAGAUACAUAUUCGAGCAAACUUCCUUCUCUUGAAGUGUCAUCCAGCGGUCAAUGUGCAUUUGAGCCAAUCUCCAGGAUCUCCCACUAUGAUCUAGUAGACCCCAGUGCCAUGCCAUCAUCAAAAACAAAUCACAAUAUCUCAUUGUCAGCAGAAACAAUACCCAUUAGAUCUCAAUCACCAGAAACAACAUCCAUAAACAAGUCUUCACAAGAAAACCAGCCCAGUUUACCCUCAUCUACUAAAAUGAGGUCCAGUGAUCCUAAGAAGGGAUCACCAUACAGCAGGUCUUUUUCUGUCGACACAACACACACCAAUAACUGGCCAUCACACAAACCAUCUGCCGACUUUGUUUCCAGAAAUGCAACACCUGAAGAUGCUACUUUAGCUAAUAUAACACUUCCUUGGUCAGUAACAUCCACAGCAAUUUCUACUAGCCAGUCAAGUGUCAAUGAGAUACAUAUCAUAGGGACGCUUCCACAGGAAGUGCAUGUCUUUGCCUCUGGGAGAACAGUAAUGAUGAACAAUGGUUCAGAUACAGAAGACACAGCCUCUCCUCAUAUGCUCUCAUAUUCAUCCUGUUGUUUAACAAUACCUGAGGAUUCAAUGCAGAGUGAAGGGGUGCUCAGCAGCCCAUCACUGGCUGAAAUAAAUAACCCAGAAUCUACAACACUGGAUAUCACCUUGUCAGACCAGUCUUCAUCAGCUUUUACUCCAACAGAUGGCACAUUCUCCCCUUUGUCAUCAACUCUAGAUUGUAUGACUCCUGCUGAUCCAGUGGAGGGAACGGGUGAAUUUAGGAUGUUGGGAAGUGAUACUCCUCACAGAGAUUCCGCCUAUUUUUCUGAUGGAGAAAGUGAUUUAGAGAGGGGAAGGAGAGGAACCACUCCAAACAGAAUAUGUAGUGCUGAGGAUAUGGAAGAGCUGCAAGGUAAAAAGCAACAGCAAAGGUUGGAAGGAAUACCAGAGAAGCUGGAAAAUGAGGGUUCCUUGUUCAGUUUUAAUGACAAAGAAGUGAAUCAAGAAGGCUCCAAUCAGGUCCUUAGGGUGGACAGUCUGAUUUUAUCAGAGGAUGUGGGAGGAAUAUUGGAGAACCGCAUAGGAAAAAAUUUUGGAAAAGGACAGGGGGAGCAUUUUGAUAAUGCAGCUUUGGAUGAGAUGAGAGAAGGAAUGGAGUUUGACAAAGAUAAAUUGAGGAUACACAAUAAGUCUACAGAGGUGCAGGAAAUCCAAGAGUAUUCUAGAGAGAAGGAGGUUCAAAAUCAAAACUGUAAAGACACAGAGAGACAAAACAAUCAGAAUAUUUCCAAAGCAAAUCCUCAAUUGAUAGCUCUCCAAGCUUCAGAUGUUUUGCAAAUGCCAAAGGAAGUACGGUGCGAAAACACUGGAAAUUUGACAGAGCAGCAGGAUAUUAACACCCAAUGUUAUGCUAACCUGGAGAGUGACAUUCUAAGAACACAGCUACCCAAAGAAGGGGUGUUAGGUGCAGAUUUAGAGAAAUUCAACAAAAGAAAUUGCGAAAAGUCACCAACUGAAGUUCAAAGUACAUGCCAAAAGUCUCCACAGAUCUACCAGUACAUCUCUGAGAAUGACUGCCAGGGCUCCUGUAUAUUUAAAAGCUACAGUGAUACUGGACUCUUUGAACAAACCGAUCUCCUAGACAGUUCUUCAAGUCUCUCCUCAAUCCAUAGCUUUAGCAUGGCAGAAGAAGAGAGAACUCUGCUCAAGAAUUUGAGCGACCUGGACUCUCUAAAGAAAUUAGAUCUCCAACAACAACUUGGGAAUUACAGCAUGUCUGACGUGGAAUUUUUAGCGGACAACUUUGAGAUCCAAGACCUUGAGCAAAACUCAAUCUGGAGUGACCCAGAAUCUCAACAUCGGGAUCCAGAGCAGGACUCACUAGAAAACUUUGAAAAGCUAGAAAUGAUAUGUCUCGAGCAGAAUUCCCUUGAGAACUACGAGAAUGCUAUGUUUACAGAUUCACAAGGAUUUGCAGAAGACAUUUUCAAGAAAGUAGAUAUGAGUGAAGAUCGGACUAUGGAAAUUAUACGUAUGCAACAGCAGUCCCUAGAAAAACUAAAGAACUCAGACCUCAUUGACUCUACAUUUUACUCUUUUCAAAAUUUUGAGAGCUCUGAUUUACACAGAGGUGUGAUUAGUUGUACUCAGGCCAAUGCAAAUAUUUCAGGCAGACAAGCAAAUCAGAGCAAUAUGCUAACACCCCGGAUCACAGAGGAGACCAUUUCACAAAUCUCUCAAGGUGUUUCAAGCAGAGAGCAAUCGGUGGGUAAAAAGAGAGAUCAAAGGUCGUUGUCUAAGAAACAGGCGGAAAAUGGACUCAUGGUGCAGGUUUGUGAGGAAAGGCUUCAGUUCUCUCUGAGGGAAAAUGUGAAUCACAAUGUGCUCUCCAGUGGCUGUAUAACUGAGAAGGUUCAUCUUCAACCUUGGCAUAAGUCCAUAGCAGCUGGCUUGCCUGAGACAGAAAAUCAGGACAAGAAACCUGGAAGUCCUAAAGGCUUGGUGGAUGCAAGUGCAAAUGUCACAGAAAUUGUUGGUCAGAACAGUAACCAUGAACACUGUGAAAAGGACACUAGCUCAAAUGAUGCUGAUAUACAUAAGAAAAGCUGGACUAACGAGUUCAGCCAUCAGCCCGAGUUGCUGGCUGGUCCAGAAACUGGCGAAAGUCAAUCAGUUUCAACUUCUGCGCAGUCCAUUAAAGCAAAGCUAGCCCGGCUCUCCCUUGCUCUACCUCCUCUGGCUUUUGAUUUCACGUUGACCCCCAUCCCAUCCAGAGAUCGUGGACAGGAAAUGGGUUACCGAGGAUCAAUAGGUGACCAGGGAGAGGAAGAAGAGGAUGAUGAAGAUGAAGGGGAAGAGCCUGUGAUUGUGGUCACGGAGACAGAAACGGAGCGGCGUUUAAGCUUACGAAGUCUACUCAAGUCACCUCGUUCUCUGGAAGAACAAAUGGAGAAAGAGAGUGAAAGAGAAAAGAGGCGUAAUGUGUCUUUCUUUGAUGAUGUCACUGUUUAUCUUUUUGACCAGGAAACUCCAACUAAUGAGCUCAGCUCUGGUUCUGCACCUACAAGUCCUCCUUCUUCCCUUGAUGCAACAACUUCUAGUCCCAGUCCUGAAGAAAGACUUGAAGAGAAAACAAAUGUGGAAAUGAAAGAAGACUCACCUGUAAAAAAGGAGAGUGAAUCGACGGCCUUGACAUCGUCACGCUUCACAGUUAGCCCGGCCCAGGAUCCACCUUCACCAUCCAGAAAAUCAGACUCUACUUUAGAAGACUGAUAAAUGACAUUAUAUAAACUGAAGAAAGGCACUCAAAGCAUUCUGUGGCGGUGGAUCUGGUUGAAUUUUACACUCAGUGAAGUUGCAGAGCUCACUUUGGGACACCAGAAUGGAUUUUAAUACAAGUGUAUGAACAGAGUGACUUUUAGCUCUAGAAUCCCAACAUUAUGUGUCUGUGUAUCCUCUUUGUAUUUUUGAAUCAUUCCUCCUCAUCCACCUGUCCAUCUUUUUAAGAAAGCAGAGCAAUUCAGCAAACUGCCACAGUUCAGUGCACUUAUUAAUAAAGUGCCGCCCGUAAUAUAAGAGGUUCCAAAAUAAACCAGGAGAAUGGAUCAGUAUGGAAAUGCAGUUCAGCCAGUAAGAGACGGAACAAAGCAUGACGUGAAAUUUGGUCGCAUUUGAUAAGGAAGACUUCUUCAAAGGAAAGCAUACAGUACAAAAGGUGGCGUCUGGCUGACAAAAAUCCAAAACAGUUACCUUUAAAGGAAAGAAAUCCGUGCAGUACGUCAAAACAAAGUCUGAAGACGAAUGGAGCAAAAAAAGGAGCUGAUGGACUGAGUCCCCUUGUAAAUGAAAAUGGAAGUGUUUAAUUGGUAAUAAAAGCUAUUUUAAAAUA